AUGAGUAUACCACUCAUGAUCUAUCUCGGUGUUGUGAGCUUCGCGGGCUCAGUCUUCAACUUCAUCGUCCUCUUGGUAUUUCUCAGCAAACGCCAUUUUCUCCAGGUGCCAGAUGUCUUCCUACUCAGCGUAGCAAUCAGUGAUUGCCUCGCGUGUGUCAUUGCAAUGCCUGUGACGCUAUUAGCCGUCAGCAACGGUAGCUGGCAAUUUGAUUUUGAACUCUGCAAAAUGCAUGCAUCACUUUUUUACACCUUUGGUCUUGUCUCCAUCACCCACUUGUCUGCCAUGGCGUUCGAGAAGUAUCUAACUCUCUUUAAGAGUACAAGUACUAACGGGUACUACCUCACUAAAGGGCAGGCUGUCAAGAUCAUAGCAGCCCUGUGGGGGUACUCCCUAGUGUUCAGUUUGUCCCCCCUUGUCGGCUGGGGCGCUUACGGACUGGGACCAGAGAACAUCACAUGCACGUUGCUAUGGGGAGCGAGUGGAGCGAAAGAUGACACGUACUAUGGCGCUGUGUUUCUUGGAUGUUUCUUUGUGCCGGUUGGUUUUAUACUUUUCAGCUACUAUCACAUUAGUAAGGUAAAGCAAGAAAAUGAACGUGUUUCCAGGUUUUAUUGUAAUGAUUGUGUCAAUGUGUUGGGUGUCACUGUGUUUGUGUUUGUGUUUGGAGUCAAUAUGUUUAUUGUCAAUGUGUUGGGUGUCACUGUGUUUGUGUUUGUGUUUGGAGUCAAUAUGUUUAUUGUCAAUGUGUUUGGUGUUAAUGUGUUUGGUGUCAAUCUGUUUGGUAUAAAUGUGUUUAGUGUCAAUGUGUUAAGUGUAAAUAUGUUUAGUGUUAAGUUGAUUGGUGUUGAUUGGUGA